AAAUCCAAACACAACUCUCUGUUUCUCUCUCUCUCUCUCUGUGAGUCCGUAAUAUCGGCCGGUAAAUAACAUAGUUAAAGUUUCGGUUUUUUGGGGACUCGUUGUUACAGUGAGAUUAAGAUAUAAAGAUUUAAUAGAUAUGUUGAUGGCGGCUGGGCCAGCUUCACCGACCGAUCGAGCGGCGGCGUCACCGGUGGCGGCGGCGGGGCCGGCAAUGAUCCCGAUGCAGAAUCCGAUGAUGAUAUCGGACUCGUUCGCCCGAGACGCGAUUCUCGCGUGGUACCGUGGGGAGUUCGCGGCGGCGAACGCGAUCAUCGACGCGCUGUGCGCGCACCUGACUCAGUUGGCUGGCGCCGGAGUCGGAGGGGUGGCGUCGUCGGAAUACGACGCGGUGUUCGCUGCAAUACACCGCCGGAGGCUGAACUGGAUCCCGGUGCUCCAGAUGCAGAAGUACCACUCCAUCGCCGACGUUGCGGUCGAGCUCCGGCGAGUCGCUGCCCCGAAGAAAAAGUACGAUACGAUCAAUGAACAGGAUCACGCGGACUCGACCGCCAAGGCCGAGACGAAGAAGAGCGAGGAGGUGAAGGUGGCGAAAUUGGAUGAGCAAGAUCAGAAAGUCGAGGAGGAGGAGCAGAGUGAGAAAAUCGACGAGAAAGUGACGGAAAGUGAUGGAAAUGUCGGACUUGAGCUUGGUGAAGAAGACGAUUCCUCACCGGAUAGCGAUAUCACCGAUUCAGGUUCUCAAGAAGUGCAGCCUGCUGUAGAGAACGUGGACUUAUGUUCUAACCAUGAAGACUGUGAGGCACGUCCCAGCCAGAUCAAGUUGACAAAAGGUUUCUCAGCCAAGGAGCCAGUGAAAGGGCACAUGGUGAAUGUUGUGAAAGGACUAAAGUUAUAUGAGGACGUCUUCACUGAUUCAGAGCUCUGUAAGUUGAAUGACUUUGUUAAUGAACUCCGCGCAGCUGGGCAGAAUGGAGAACUCCCAGGUGAGACCUUUAUUUUGUUCAACAAACAGGUGAAGGGCAACAGGAGAGAGCUGAUUCAGUUUGGGGUUCCAAUAUUCGGGCAAAUAAAAGAGGAAGCGGCAAGCAACAAUCAAACAAGCCAUAUAGAGCCAAUUCCAGCUCUUCUCCAAGGUGUCAUCGAUCACCUUCUGCAGUGGCAACUAAUUCCAGAGUACAAAAGACCAAAUGGUUGCAUCAUUAACUUCUUUGAGGAGGGGGAAUAUUCACAGCCAUUCCUGAAACCACCCCAUUUGGACCAACCCAUCUCCACUCUUCUCCUCUCUGAAUCAACAAUGGCUUUUGGACGUACUCUUGUGAGUGCGCACCUGACUCAGUUGGCUGGCGCCGGAGUCGGAGGGGUGGCGUCGUCGGAAUACGACGCGGUGUUCGCUGCAAUACACCGCCGGAGGCUGAACUGGAUCCCGGUGCUCCAGAUGCAGAAGUACCACUCCAUCGCCGACGUUGCGGUCGAGCUCCGGCGAGUCGCUGCCCCGAAGAAAAAGUACGAUACGAUCAAUGAACAGGAUCACGCGGACUCGACCGCCAAGGCCGAGACGAAGAAGAGCGAGGAGGUGAAGGUGGCGAAAUUGGAUGAGCAAGAUCAGAAAGUCGAGGAGGAGGAGCAGAGUGAGAAAAUCGACGAGAAAGUGACGGAAAGUGAUGGAAAUGUCGGACUUGAGCUUGGUGAAGAAGACGAUUCCUCACCGGAUAGCGAUAUCACCGAUUCAGGUUCUCAAGAAGUGCAGCCUGCUGUAGAGAACGUGGACUUAUGUUCUAACCAUGAAGACUGUGAGGCACGUCCCAGCCAGAUCAAGUUGACAAAAGGUUUCUCAGCCAAGGAGCCAGUGAAAGGGCACAUGGUGAAUGUUGUGAAAGGACUAAAGUUAUAUGAGGACGUCUUCACUGAUUCAGAGCUCUGUAAGUUGAAUGACUUUGUUAAUGAACUCCGCGCAGCUGGGCAGAAUGGAGAACUCCCAGGUGAGACCUUUAUUUUGUUCAACAAACAGGUGAAGGGCAACAGGAGAGAGCUGAUUCAGUUUGGGGUUCCAAUAUUCGGGCAAAUAAAAGAGGAAGCGGCAAGCAACAAUCAAACAAGCCAUAUAGAGCCAAUUCCAGCUCUUCUCCAAGGUGUCAUCGAUCACCUUCUGCAGUGGCAACUAAUUCCAGAGUACAAAAGACCAAAUGGUUGCAUCAUUAACUUCUUUGAGGAGGGGGAAUAUUCACAGCCAUUCCUGAAACCACCCCAUUUGGACCAACCCAUCUCCACUCUUCUCCUCUCUGAAUCAACAAUGGCUUUUGGACGUACUCUUGUGAGUGAUAAUGAUGGAAACUACAAAGGGCCACUCAUGUUCUCUUUGAAGGAAGGCUCUCUUCUGGUCAUGAGGGGAAACAGUGCUGACAUGGCUAGACAUGUCAUGUGCCCUUCUCCUAACAAAAGGACCAGCAUCACACUCUUCAGAAUUCGCCCGGAGUCCAAUCAAUGCCAGUCCCCAACCAGUCCUUCCAUGACUGGUGCCAUGACUCUCUGGCAACCAGGCGUUCCAAGCCCAUAUGCAGUCCCAAAUGGAGCUCUCAAUGGCUAUGAGACAACGGACAUGAUGUCCAGAUGGGGAGUUGUUCGUGCUCCAGUGGUCAUGUUAGCACCAGUGCGCCCUAUGGUGUUGAGCCCCCGAAAGCUUCCUCAAGGUGGCACUGGAGUUUUCUUGCCAUGGACUGUGGGAUCAAGAAAACCUGCAAAGCAUCUUCCUCCACGUGCCCAAAAAGGCCGUCUUCUUGCCUUACCUCCUCCUGUUGAAACUCAUGUCACAGAGUCCGCUUCUGAACCAGGCAUCAGUGUUUGAGGAAAAUUGGUGGGAAGGAAGUAAGUCUGUAGCAGCCCUAUGUUCAGAGCAAUAUGAAUCAGCAAAAGGUAGAAUUCAUGUUUGCUUACUUGCUUUUGAGGAGUUUCUCUUGUUGUAACAAAAGGAGAAAAGGGUCCAGGUGCUGUUAGAGGAGCUUGUUUUAUUUAUCACAGUAAAAUUAGGCUCUAGUGGUGGUCUCAACACUUUUUCUUGAAUGCCAAUCUUGGUAGAGUUUUAGAGGUAGUUCAGCUUCAAGUAUGAGGGGUGUGAAUUGGGUCAAGUUAAGUUAGAGGCGGAAUUUUGUAUUAUUGCUUAUAUUUUUCCUUUUCACAGACUAAUCAAAUCACUUUCUGGUUGUGUUGUUCAGAUUUUCCUAGUUCUCUUUUGGAUGUGUGAACUAGCCUUUGUGAAUGUUUUAUUGAUUUUUGGAUUA